AUGAGCACGAGAGAGAAAGAGCCGCCGAGUCGGGCAUUUCUCGUCGACAUUCGGCGGCACAUGCCAUUCAACCUUAUAGAUGACUCGCCGAUGCGAUUACAAGGCUCAUCAGCGAGCAGUGCAUCGGUAGCUUCUCGCCUCUACGGUACACGGUCUCGACGCGACAGUCUCGGCGGAAGCUCGUCGGAAUCCGAUCUGAUCGCGUUCAAUAACGAUCCGGAUAAUCUGAACGAGUUCAACAGUCAGAUGAAUCAGUUGACAUCGUUCACGAAACGGCUGUCGGAGCUCGAGGAGCGUAAUAUGUCGAUGUCCGAUGAGCGAGCAAGACUCAAAACCGAAAAUGCGAUCCUCAAGGAUAGGAUACACACACUUGAGGAGCAGAUCUCUGAAAAAGAGGACAGAUAUAAGGAACUUCUCCAUGAUGAGAAAACACGAUCCGCAGAGCUAAUGAAUCGCUUGAAGCGCGAAAAAGAAUUGGAAACUGAGAGUUGGACCCUCAAAUAUCAGAUGCUUGAAAAAGAUCUUCAAUCGGCGCGACGUGACGUCGAACGAGCAAACGAGGAAACGAAAAAAGUUCAAACUGAACUUGAAAAAACGACCCAUCAACUGGAGGAGUCGCAAUUGUUGAUUGAAGGAAUGGAAGAAGAACGAAUCAAAUUGGAACGUCAGUUCAAAAAGUACAAAGAGGAAGCACAGCAGGAUAUUGAUUCAAGCAGUGAAAUGGUCGAAGUUCUCACACAAGAGACCGAGGAGUUGAGGAAGAAGGUCGGACCGCGGCAUGGUAGUAUUGCUGAGCAAAUGGUUGAUAUGGAAGAGGAGCUGGUGGCACUCCGAGCAAAGGUUGCUGAGCUCACCAAGGAGAAAGAGGAAAUGAGCGACCAACUACUCGCUACUUCUGUCGAGCAUGGAAGAUCGCUGAUCGCCGACACGCCUUCGCUGGCUGAUGAGCUUGCUGGUGGCGACUCGUCGCAAUUGCUCGAUGCUUUGAGAGAGCAGGAGAUUUGCAAUCAGAAGCUUCGUGUUUACAUCAAUGGAAUAUUGAUGCGUGUUAUCGAGAAGCAUCCGGAGAUUCUAGAAAUCGGAGAAGAAACGGUAAGAAUCCGGCAACUCGAGUUGACGGUGCGCCGGAGAAUCUCAGUCCGAGCCGACGACGGUUCGCGAGACGGUCUCCGAAGAGCCGGUGACAUUGUCUGCGCGAAUCUCCGCCUACUUGCCAACCUCAUUCCUUAA